CGGGCGGGGAUCGACUAUGGGAUGAGAUAGAGCGUCGGCGCGGACGCAGCCGCAUAUCUGGACCAUCGGCCGACGCAAACUCGAACAUGAAAGAGAGACGUAGUAAGAGAGGGAAAGGAGAGGCCGAGCGUAAAACGGGACCCGUAGAAUGCUGGAGUGAUCCGCGACAGCUCUUUCGAGAAAUACGAAUUAUGAGCAAGUCGUGGAAACCUUCUCGACGGCAGAGGUCGCCCGUUUAGUUUGGAUCCUCCACCGGGCAAGGAUCUUCUUCGUGGUAGGAUCUCGGAUCGCGUCGAAAGAUCCUCGCUAUUCUCUCUCGAUUCUUUCCUCUCAAUUUCAAGUGUAUCAAGAAAAAGAGAAGAUGGAUGGAUAGAACGGUGUUCCCUGAUCGAUCCUGGAAGCCUCCGGAGAAAGGCGGCUACCUCAUUCGCUCUCUCUCUCUCUCUCUCUCUCUCUCUCUCUCUCUCUCUCUCUCUUUCUCUUUAUUACUGAUCUCAUUGAAAUAAUCUUAACUUUAAAGUACGCCGAUGGAACUUCACGUAGUACACUUUAAAACGCAAUACUUAAAUUUCGAGGAAGCUCUUCGACAAGUCGACGGCGUUAUAAUAAUAGUUUACUUCUUAAAGUUGCAGACAUUUUCUAAUAUAUUUUUAAAGAAGAUAGUAAGCGCUUUGCCUUCCAUUAAAAUCGCUAAUUCCAGCAUUCGUUUAGUACCGAUCGUACUGACGAAUAUUUUUAAACCAUUUACCGAAGAUUAUUUUGUAUAUUGGGGUUCGACGAUAACGCCACAAUGGACGCGCCGUAUAAUGUGGCUCGUGUGCAGAGAACCUGUUGGAAUAGCCAAAGAACAGAAUACUAAACCGAUUCUUGGAAAUUGCCGAGCAAUUCAGAAUAGAGAAAACAGACAUAUUUUUCACGUUCGUCCAUCGGGCUCGUUACACGCUACCCUUUUACCAAUAUCAAGAGAACAGCUCGUUUUAUCCAGCCAAUCCAAUGCUUUUUUAUCGCCUUAA